AUGUCCAACAGCAGCUCCAUCAGCGAGUUCCUCCUCCUGGCAUUCGCAGACAAGCAGGAGCUGCAGCUCCUGCACUUCGCGCUCUUCCUGGGCAUCUACCUGGCUGCCCUCCUGGGCAACGGCCUCAUCCUCACAGCCGUAGCCUGCGACCACCGCCUCCACACCGCCAUGUACUUCUUCCUCCUCAACCUCGCCCUCCUCGACCUGGGCUCCAUCUCCACCACUCUCCCCAAAGCCAUGGCCAAUUCCCUCUGGGACACCAGGGCUAUUUCCUAUUCAGGAUGUGCUGCACAGGUCUUUCUGGUUGUUUUCUUCUGUUCAGCAGAGUAUUUUCUUCUCACUGUCAUGUCCUACGACCACUACAUUGCCAUCUGCAAGCCCCUGCACUAUGGGACCCUCCUGGGCAGCAGAGCUUGUGCCCAGAUGGCAGCCGCUGCCUGGGGCAGUGGGGUUCUCUAUGCUCUGCUGCACACUGCCACUACAUUUUCUCUGCCCCUCUGCCAAGGCAAUGCUGUGGACCAGUUCUUCUGUGAAAUCCCUCAGAUCCUCAAGCUUUCCUGCUCAGAUUCCUACCUCAGGGAACUUAGACUUCUCACAUUUAGUGGUCUUGUGUUUGUGGGGAGUUUUGUUGUAAUUGCACUGUCCUACAUGCAGAUCUUCAGGGCUGUGCUGAGGAUCCCCUCUGAGCAGGGCCAACACAAAGCCUUUUCUACGUGCCUCCCUCACCUAGCUGUGGUCUCCCUGUAUAUUAGCACUGCCAUGUUUACUUACCUGAAGCCCCCCUCCAUCUCUUCCCCUGCCCUAAAUCUGGUGAUGGCAGUUAUGUACUCAGUGGUGCCUCCAACAUUGAACCCCCUCAUCUACAGCAUGAGGAACCAGGAGCUCAAGGAUGUCAUUUGGAAAGUGUUUUCAUGA